AUGGAGCUCCCAUCGAUCCCCGUUCCUCUGAACGGCUUUGUUCCUUAUCUAAAUGAACACAGCCGCGAUGAGGUUCUCACCGGCAAGGCGAUGGAACCCUUCAAAGCUUACGAAUAUAAGCUCCGUGAAAUCUUUGCUCAAGAACCUAACAAUAAGGCAAUUGAGAAUCCCCACGUCAAUGUCGUCCCCCUUUAUCUUCAGCCUGAUGUAGAUGUCAAAGUGAAGGCGCGGGACCUCGUCAAAGAAAGCCCAGCGGAUGCUGAAAAGUAUAUCCUUCCCCUGGCAGCCGAAGCGCGGAAAAAUGAUUCCACUGCUGCUGUGGUUCCGACUUUCAAUCAGUUCCUCGAGAAUUUCAGGAUCUUUUCAGAAUCGUCUCUAGUUGAUAUGGACUGGAGCAAUGUUGUCGUUGCCGGGAGUGCGGUAACUACUUGUCUAUUGCCAGUUCCUGAUAAAUUCGGGUCGUCGCGCAAGGCUCAGAGGGAAUACUACCACGAGAAAAUUGCUCCGUCUUCGGAUGUCGAUCUAUUUCUCUACGGUCUUGACGAGGAGCAGGCAAUUGAGAAGAUCAAGCAAAUUGAGAAAUGCAUCCGCGACAGUAUUCUGGAGGAAGUCAGCGUUAUUCGGACCAAAAAUGCCCUGACUAUUGUUUCGAAAUAUCCUACUCGCCACGUUCAGAUAGUGCUCAGGCUUUAUAAGAGCGUCUCGGAAGUCUUGACCGGUUUUGAUGUGGAUUGUUCCUGUACUGCGUUCGAUGGCCGUCAAGUCUGGGCCAGCCCCAGGGCCGUUGCAGCUUUUGCUACUCAGACUAAUUCCAUCGACCUUACCCGGCGUUCACCUUCGUAUGAAAACCGUCUUGCGAAAUAUGCCCAUCGUGGAUUUGAAGUGUAUUGGCCAGCUUUAGAUCGUUCAAGAUUGGAUCCUACAAUAUUCGAAAGAAGUUUUAACCACGUUGUUGGUCUUGCACGACUCCUGGUCAUGGAGAAGCUUCCCACUCAGCUCAACAGAGAAAACUAUCUUAACCAACGACGUGAGGAGCGCGGCAGAGCCACUCCCAGUCGUACCAGGGCUUAUUAUGUCAACAGAGAGAAUCUAAAAGAAGUACAACCCGAAGAUGUUGCGGAAUGGGUUGAAGAGGAGGAUGUUUCUCGGUAUCAUACGUUCACAAUUCCCUAUGGCCCAAAAUAUACGGCAAAGAAGAUCGAGAAAAUGGUUUACAAAAAUGAUUUGUUGUUAAAUGCGGAAUGGAACAGGCCAAAAGACCGAAAAGUGAAUUUGCACAGGCAUCCCGCGUUUUUCGGCAGCGUGAAACAUGUCAUCGAAGAUUGUUGCGGCUACUGUCCCGCUCCUAGUACAGAGGAGGAAAAGUCCAUCGCGGCGGACGAGGGCAAAAAAUAUUUGUCGGGCAAAAUCCAAUUUAUGAAGCAUGACCCAGGGAGACAAACCAUUGGGAGCUUUAACCCUAUUACUGAUUCAGACUGGACUGAAUUCGCAUACACUGGCGGCACGGAAAGCCUUUGCCAAGCUAUUGUUGCGGGCGAUCUUACCCACGUUAAGAAAUGCUGUGCCCAAGAAGACUUCAACAUUGACCAGCGAGAUCAUACUGGUCGCAUGCCUCUUCACUUAGCGAUCAACUGCGGAACCCCCGAAAUCGUACGAUGCCUCGUACACCAUGGGGCACGCCUUGUCAGUCGCGUCGCUGGCGGGUUUACCGCUCUUCACCUUGCUGCAGCCCGCGGGGAUGUGGAAAUCCUUCGGGCAAUACUGAGGAAGAGCGAAGCGAACCAGGUUGAAUAUCUUGAGAAUUCGGGCACAAAACAGAGAAAUGCGAGCCCGUCAAUUGCAUCAAAUGAGGAUGGCGAUGAAGAGGCAGAAGAGGAUGACAUUUCAGUAAUAGAAAGUGGCGCAAAGUCUCCAUAUGCUGUGUCUCAAGGGUCAAUGAUUGUAGUCACAGACCCAUCAAAAACACCCCAGGAGGAACAGGAUGAGGACGAAAACGAACCUAACUUCUACGAUGAUAUUGGGGUGCUUUCGUGGGAUCAUCCAAUUAGUCCACUUCAUGUGGCGAUCUUAUACGGCCAUACGGACAUUAUCACCACCCUCACUACAGAGUUCGGUGCAGACGCGAGCCAACCUUUUGUCCAAAAGGAAUACAAUAAUUAUUACGUGAUCUUUUCCAUGAUCCUUGCUAUGCACCUUCCAUUCGAACAGUCCACAGAUAUGUUACGAACUCUCCUCGAAUUGGGAGCUUCCUCGACGCAAGCCAACAAGGAUCAUAUAACCGCAUUCCAUUCUCUUGUAAUAGCCGGUGAGCCUCGCCAUAUAGAUUUGAUAUUCGACAUCGACGCAGCGGCUGCCCAACUUGCAAUUAACCAUCCUUUUAUAAGCACGUCCUGGCGUCCUCAAAGUGCGUUGCCUCUUAAUUCAGCAAUUAGCUAUAAAGGAACCGGGAUGGUUGAGAAGUUAUUGGAGAAAGGAGCAAUCGUGUCAGGAUUUUUCGAACGUUUGCGGCGCAUCUGGGCACGUCGAAAUAAUCAAGGUAAUAAGAUUGAGCAUAUUCUGCGUCAACCGAUUAUUCAAGCAGCUGAGUUUUCAACCCCUGCUGUUGUGAAAACACUUUUGGAUGCUGGAGCGGAAGUUAAUGCAAUCACGACGGGCUCUCAUCGAUUGAUUGACAAACAAGCCUACUAUUCUAGUGGCCAGACAGUCCUUGACCUCAUUACAGCGCGCCUGGAUUUUCUGAAAUCGUUGGAUAAGCCUCAACAAGCUCCAAUUAGUAUUGUGGAGUUAAAACCCGACGUUGUUUAUUUAAAGGACCUAGCGGAAGGGACUUUCGAACAUUCUUUUGUCCAGAAUGAGCUUGCAAUCGCGAAACUCGCUUCGGAGGUCAUCCAAGAUAAACUGAAUUCCGAAGAAUGCACUAAGUUCAAACAGCAGCAGAGGUUGAGGGCGGACUGGAUUGAACGUGAAAUCAAGGAGCUGGAAGCACUCGAGCAGACCUUGAAGGCUAAGGGGGGUAAACCUUUCGCGGAACUGUACCCAGAACACGCGCGGGCUGCAGAUAAAACUCAAAAAUCGUCAUCAACGGCUGAAGCAUCGAAGGAAUUUGAGGUCGCAUGCACCUUCACCGAUCAAGACGUAGGGGACGUAGAUACAAAAGAGUAUAUUCCGCUGUUCCAAGCCGCAUGGGAUGGCAAUAUCGGCAAGGUUAAACAGCUAACCACAGAGCCAGCCACUGUCAAGAAGCCGCGUUCUUCGCUCCAACUUACAGCGAGGCUCAGAGAACGAGAGGUGGAUAUCUUCACCAUUGCUGUGGUUCGCGGCCAUUUUGAACUGGCUCGAGGCAUUCUUCAGGAUGUAGACGCCCAACAAUGGAAACGGGAUACCAAAAAGUCAACCCGUAAAGUAUACGAGGUUGUUGUCGACAAUGAUAAUGACUAUAAUAGUUACGAUUCUGACUCCGAACCUGAUGCGCCGGAUUCUGAAGGUGUCAACGUUCGUUUUGAUAUUGUUGACGACGAGCAAACCAUUGAUGAUGUCCGGGAGCUGGAAGCUGUGAGCGUCGGGAAAUACACUACUUCGGUGUCCCACCUCCUCAACAGGGAACGAGACAUGUCUAUGUUUUUAGGUGAUGAAAAUAAGGAUACUGUGAAAGCUGAUCAUGCGACAUUGGCUGAUACUCACCUGUUAAACUGGUACCGGGAUCCAAUUACGCAGACGGUUGAUAUGAAUGCAUUCAAAGCAAAACGCCGCAUGGACUUGAUGAGUCUUGCCGUCCAGCGAAAUGAUUUUGCAGCAGUCAAAUUCUUGGUUGAGCAGAAAACACACUAUCUGAGACACUCUAAAGAAGAAGACAACAAUAAAUCUUCCGAUGAAGACAGGCAUAAAUUUAUCACUAUUGGGAGCGACAUACUCAACAUGUGUCUUAGAGAUGGCUGCACGCAAAUCUUAGGUUAUCUUAUGUCGACAACAGGACUUGGAUUUCCGUUUGAAGCUCUGAUGAAAGAGGCAGGCGUCAAGCCUGAAACUGAACCUAAGUUCUAUCGCGGAUUAUCCGUGUAUGGCAAGAAACGAGCGAAUUGGGCUGCCGAGAACAGCUACCGUUACUUUAGGCCGAUUUUUGGUUCACACUCGUUACUCUUGCUUGCCAUUAGUGAGGGUAACAUUGACGCUGUUAAGUGGUUCCUUACCGAUGCGCCCGAGCAGAAAUAUAAGGAAUUCCUCCAUACACAUAGGGAUGACGCACGGCUAGCACCUCUCUUUAAAAUGGAGGGUGGAAUUGAUGAUAUGUUAGCAUCCUGGCUGGGUGCUAGACGAAAUCUGGCUCUUCAUUGUGCAAUACUUGCCUCACCGUCAGAGAAAUCUAGCGCCUCUCUGGUUCAGUUUAUCCUGGAAUCAUUCCCGGAUUCCUUGCACACCAAAAAUAUUGAAGGUUUCACACCUCUCCACCUAGCAUUCAGUGGUCGGAGGAUUACGGCUGCCAAAAUGCUCGUUGAAGCGGGAGCAGACCAAGCCGCUCGGGAUAACGAUGGCCGCAAUAUGCUUCAUCACAUCUUUGCGUCUCACCGUUCCACUGUCGAAAGUUCCCCUAAGCUUCUCAGAACAUUGUGUGAUAUCCUAGAUCCUGAAAUUGUUCCAAUCCUUGCGCAACAGAGGUCCCGCUUAGAGAUUGACAUUAGCGGUCGUAUUGGAUUCGGUAGGCAGAUCCCAUUGUCGCAAUGGCUUUCGCAUGGCCCGGAGACUGAAACAGCCACACUGGAAGCCAUUCUUGACAUCACAGGUGGAAAAGAGCUCUAUAUCUUGAAUGAACAAGGAAAUUACCCCAUCCAUGAGGUUAUCAAGGAUCAGAAAAUUGAUUUUGCACGAGUUAUGCUGGAGAGGGAUCCUCGCCUAGCUGUUUUAGAAAAUGCUACAGGAACGACUCCUUUGGAGGUCGCGGAGAACAGGCUCAUAUCUUACUUGGUCAAUCAAUAUCGCAUGGUGGAGGAAAACAUCGGCGAAUCCGGAAACUCGAGACACUCUUAUAGCUCAUCGGCUCCCGUGCCCUACCGUUAUUUCCUUAACAGGUGGCGGAGAGAACCCGAAAAGUUCGACCCUUCUCAGAUCUACAAUCUCAAAGGGGAUGGACCAUUCAUCUCAUGGGAUGACUGCAAAGAGGGCAAAAUUCUACAGUUGCUACGUAGCGCUGCCGCGAAAUCGGACAAGAAGAGGAUCCUCAUCAGCUUGCAGGAUUCCAAUGAACUUGUGAGGCGCCUCUCUGCUAUUAAACCAAAUACAGGUGAUGCUGGCCGGCGCGCGAAUCGGAGUGGUUACUACAACGAAAGCGAUGAGGAAGAGCGUGCAAAGAACGACGCUAAGGAACAAGAUGAAGUAAAGAAGUGGAUGGGUUAUCUUUCCAGGAAAAAUUUCGAGGUGGAAAGGCUUCUGGAAGAAGAGAAAAAUGCCGUAUCGAAGUGA